GCUAAACCCGCGUUAAUUACGCUUGUGUCCCUACGCGCGUCUCAAAGAUCUCUCUCUGUGUUGUUUCUUUUGUCUGGAGAAAAAAAAACAAAAGAAGAGCGUUCGUCGAGAGAUAUACAUACUCGGAUCAGUCGUCAAAACUCAAAAGCUUUGGAAUUUGAUACUAAAUCUUGAAAAAUCAGUCAUGGGUUCUGGAAAAGAGCGUGACACUUUCGUCUACCUCGCUAAGCUCUCUGAGCAAGCUGAGCGCUAUGAAGAAAUGGUGGAAUCAAUGAAAAAUGUUGCGAAAUUGAAUGUUGAUCUGACGGUGGAAGAGAGGAACUUGCUCUCUGUGGGAUACAAGAACGUGAUUGGUUCACGGAGAGCUUCGUGGAGGAUCUUCUCGUCGAUCGAACAGAAAGAAGCAGUGAAAGGGAAUGAUGUUAAUGUAAAGAGGAUCAAAGAGUAUAUGGAGAAGGUUGAGUUAGAGCUUUCAAACAUAUGCAUUGAUAUAAUGUCUGUGUUAGAUGAGCAUCUAAUUCCAUCGGCUUCCGAGGGUGAAUCAACUGUCUUCUUCAACAAGAUGAAAGGUGACUAUUACCGCUAUCUUGCGGAGUUCAAAUCAGGGAAUGAGAGGAAAGAGGCUGCUGAUCAGUCUUUGAAAGCCUAUGAGAUUGCUACUACUGCUGCUGAGGCUAAACUCCCUCCUACACAUCCUAUCAGAUUGGGUUUGGCUUUGAAUUACUCUGUCUUCUACUAUGAGAUCAUGAACGCACCUGAAAGGGCAUGUCACCUUGCUAAGCAGGCGUUCGAUGAAGCUAUCUCAGAACUUGACACUCUGAAUGAGGAAUCCUACAAAGACAGCACCUUAAUUAUGCAACUCCUCAGGGACAAUCUGACCUUGUGGACUUCUGACAUCCCAGAAGGAGGAGCAGACGAUGCCCAUAAGACGAAUGGUUCUUCCAAAGCUGCUGCAGGUGGAGAUGAUGCUGAGUGAUCUGAUAUGUGUGCACCCGCAGCAGCAGCACUGGUCAAUAUGUUUCAAGAACAACUGAAUGCGCGGUGAAUAAUAGCGAAACGUAGAGUUCCUCUGUUUCCUGUAUUAUUAUUGUCUAUGUUAUUUGUACGCUGGUUUAGUCCUAAUUCUCUCUGGUUUGAAUGUAUUGCAUCAUUUGAUGCCUGUCUCAGGACACUGCCUUAUUUGUAAUCUAUAAUUCAGUACUGUCUUCUUACUAAUGUCCUUAUGGAUCCAAUUUUAUAUCCCUUCAUUUCUAA